UGACCUCCAGAGAGCAGAACAGCGCUCUUCUUCACUGCACGAUUACCGCAGCUGCGUGAAAGGACCAGUGGAGUUUCAUAUUGCCGCUUCAUACAGGAAACACAUUUUGAUGCAUCAAAGAUAUAGAACAAUCUAUGCGUUUGACAUUGCUUUUUAAAGCUUAGAGUCUUGUAAGUGUAGGCGAAUUAUGGAGCGUCAAACUGUGACUGUUAGCGAUUCAUUUGAUUAUCCUUUGAUUCCGCUCAACACAACCUUUAUGGAGGAACCAGCGGGACUUCUGUCUAACAUCAGCGGAGGCAGCGAACAGAAGGCGGUGAAAGGCAACACGGCAGUCGCUAUCGCUGUGUGCAUUACCGCGCUGUACUCCGUCAUCUGUGUCGUGGGGCUGUUUGGAAAUGUUCUGGUUAUGUACCGUGUGGUCAGGUACACAAAGAUGAAGACACCUACCAACAUUUACAUCUUUAACAUGGCCCUGGCCGAUGCAUUAGCCACCAGCACUCUACCCUUCCAAAGUGCCAAAUAUCUAAUGAGUACCUGGCCUUUCGGUGAGCUCUUGUGCAAAGUGGUCAUUGCUAUCGACUACUACAAUAUGUUCACCAGUAUUUUCACACUGACAAUGAUGAGUGUGGACCGCUACAUUGCCAUUUGCCACCCAGUGAAAGCACUGGACUUUCGCACACCCGUCAAUGCUAAGAUCAUCAACAUCUGCAUAUGGAUUCUCUCGUCUGCUGUCGGUUUCCCAGUAAUGGUUAUGGCUGUUACUAGAGUGACAGAGACAGGCAAAACAGUCUGCAUACUGAAAUUCCCAGAUCCAGACUGGUAUUGGGAUACUGUGACCAAGAUCUGUGUCUUCAUUUUCGCCUUUGUGGGUCCCGUCAUGGUCAUCACCAUUUGUUACGGUUUAAUGAUUCUUCGUCUUAAGAGUGUGCGCUUGCUCUCUGGCUCUAAAGAGAAGGAUAGAAACCUUCGCCGCAUCACUCGCAUGGUCCUAGUGGUGGUGGCGGCCUUCAUCAUCUGCUGGACUCCCAUCCAUAUUUUUAUCAUUGUCAAAAUCGUGGUCAAGAUCAAUAAAAAGAAUCUGCUCGUGGUUGCCUGCUGGCAUCUGUGCAUUGCUCUGGGCUAUAUGAACAGUAGCCUCAACCCAAUCCUGUACGUGUGCUUGGAUGAAAACUUCAAGAGGGGCUUCCGAGAAUUCUGCUUGCCAUUUUGUUCUCGCAUGGAGCAAAGCAGCUUCUCCAGAGCCCGUAGAGGCAUCAAAGAGCCCAUCUCCGUGUGUGCCAAGUCAGAGUCAAUGAAGCAGCCCACAUGACUAUGCAUGGAUCAGAUAGCUCCUGGUAUACAACUAAGGACACAGAGAGACCUGCCGUCUGAGGUCACUCAAAUCUCCAGUGCUGAGUACGAAGCCUUACUGGAAACCACCUGAGGUUAAUACAACUUGACAGUAACCCCAUACCGAAGGCAAUUGUUCUUUUGGAUUACAUCAUGCUUUUUACCUCCACUUGUUUCUCUUUCUUGUACUAACUGAGUGGGAAACGCUGUUGAUGGCUCUAAAAUGAUCAUCAAAAUGUUUUCCUGACCAUUUUGGGCCAUUAAGGACCAUUAAGCCUCUAAUGAUUUAUUGGAAAAGACAUCAAAGAUGUGGUCUGGAAUGGUCAAUGGGAAAUCUACAUUCAUUAGUGGCAUAUGAGCCAUCAAAGUGGAUUCUCGUAAUCAUAUUUUUAAAAUGAAAGUGAAUACAUUUCCUUGAAAUAUGUGAGAACUUAAUACUAAAACACAUGGUUAUUGGGCUUAGAUGACAUACCAGAUAACUUACACAAAUUAUCUGGUAUUUUUUAACAUUAACUUAGUAUUGGUCCAUUUAUAGAGAAGGAUGUUUGUUACACAGCUCUGUAUGUUCAUCAAAUUCAGUGCUCUUUACAACAGUACAGGAUUUUGGAAGCUGUCAGGACAGUCUCUGCUUGAUAAAAUUCAGAAUUCACAUUUCAGCAGAUUUGCAAGUUAAUUUAAAUGCCACGGCACAGCCGCCUCAUAUUUGCUGUAAAGACAAGGUUAUCUUCCUUUAGGUGAUGAUGCUUGGUGCUUGGUGAAUUUGUUCUACUGGUGAAUGUGUUUAAUGACCUCUAGAAAGUGCAGUGUUAAUAUUAGGAGCAGUUUAGGCAUGUUGUGAUUCUAUCACAGAGGGGCUCUUAGAUAUUUUCUUCUUAGUUCUUACGAACGUAAUAUUUUAAUGUAAUAAUUCUAGCAUUUCAUUGACAUUAGAGGUAAAUGGCACAGGUUUUCAGCCUUUUCAAGUCAUAAAAUUGAAGUGACAUUUAACAAAUAAUUUUGUGAUAUUAAAGUUUGGUGAGAAAUGUCAGCUUUUCUGUAAAAAAUGUCUAUAUACCUGUAUAUGUUACAGACAUACUUUCUCCAGUCAAGGCUGUGUGUUGACGUAUCGGAGACAGUAUUUGCUUUGCUGUCGAAAUCUAUUAUGUACAUUUGCAUAAGUGUUGCAUAUUUCCUCUUUCAUUCAUUUUUAAUAGAUACCAGGCAAUUAUCACAAAUUAUCUGAACAGUUAAUGUCUUUGUUGUGAAAAUAAAAAUGG